GCCGAUGAGUGAGUAAGAUGGUGUCCGGUGUCUGCAGGUUUAUAUGUGACAGUUUCAAAGAACAAAAUCAUGGACUUGUGACUGAAAAUUGUUCUGCAAAGGAAUCCGUUCAAAAGAAGUGCAAUGAAGUUCUGAGCAGAAGAUGCAGAAGAGAUGAUGCCUGCAGAAUGAUAUUACCGCCACUGAUUUUUAUACUAUUAGCAUUCCUUGUGCCACAAAAAGUGCUUUCUGAAGAGGGAUUUGCAUUCUGUGUAGACACUUCUAUCUGCUCUCUUCAGCUGACAAUUGGAGAAGGAUCUUGUAACUUGAUCAUUUCUAAUCAAGGUGGACAAGUAGUAAUCACUGCUGGUUUACCAUGUUCAUCAUCAAUUCAUAUAAAAUCAAAUGGAUCUGGAAACAUGUUCUGCAUGGCAUGGAAUGAAACUGACCACAUCUACUUUAAACAUGGAGAGAGCCUACUGCAGCUUCUCUGCAUUCCAGUAGCCAACAUGUGCUGUACAGAUUUUGGCUUUGUAAAUGGUUCAGUUGGCCAGGAAAUGACUGUAUUUCAAGCAAAUUGUUCUGAUAUCUCCAUCAACAAUUUCCUCUCAUUUACCCUAAAUGGGACUAAGCAGACCUGCAGUAAGUUAUUUAAAAUGGUAAUUCAUACUUUACAAGUUUAUGUAUGUAUUCUUUUCCUUUUUAAUCCAUUUUUCUUUACAUUUUCAGAUGCUUCUGGGAAUAGAAAUUACAGUCCUGACACUGCAGACCACCUCAGAUGCUCGGAGGAGACCUUUGACUGUCUUAAACAGAUGACUGAGUCUCAAAAUAAUUCUGUUGUCCGCUACACCAACACGCUUGAGUGCCUUGCUGAUGUCAAAAAUUAUGGAUCAAACAGAAUUAAUGAGCUGAUGGAGGAAAUAUUAUUUGAAGUUAAUGGUACUCUCAAAAUGAAUAAUAUGAUUGUCUCAGUUACAAGGUCUGCAUCUGCUUUUGAUGGUCUUCAUUUGGGAACUGAUUUAGAAAAUGAUACUAACGCCAGUGCUCUUUUGGAAUCUCUGGUUGUUGGAGUAAUCGUGGAAAAUGCAAGCAUUUCUAAUCUCAGUAAUCCUUUGAUCAUCAGGUUCUUCACUGGUAAUAAUUCAGCCUUUACAAACAUGACAUGUGUGUUUUGGGACGAAACAGAAGAAAAUGGAGCAGGUGAUUGGAGUGUUGUUGGCUGUCAAACCUUUGUGAACAAUUCCACAGUAACAUGUAAAUUCAGUCAUCUCUCCUAUUUUGCUGUCCUUGUGUCACCUGGGCUGAAACCAAGUGAACAAAAUGCUAAAGCUCUGACCUACAUCAGCUACAUUGGCUGCGGGAUCUCUAGUUUUUGUAUCUGUCAUCUUCGUUAUUCAUAAAAUGUUU